GUGUGGCGGCAUGGCGGAGCAGCUGGAAAGCGUUGGCCUCACAGUUCUGAGGUCCCAGGUUCAAUCCCGGCCCCGCCUGUGUGGCUUUUCUCCGGGUGGCCACUCCGGUUUCCUCCCACAUCCCAAAAACAUGCAACAUUAUUUGGACACUCUAAAUCGCCCCUCGGUGAGAUUGUGAGCGGGGCUGUUUGUCUCGACCAGUUCAGGGUGUACCCUGCCCGUUGACAGCUGGGAUAGGCUCCAUCGCUCCCCAUGACCCUCGUGAGGAUAAGCGGGAAAGAAAAUGGAUGGAUGGCAGAGAUAGAGAGAGAAAGUGCAUGAGAAAAUAAUCCAACAGGUUAAGAAAAUGUUCUCAAUGUCCAAUUGCAAGGAAUUUAGGGAUUUCAUCAUCUACGAUCCGUAAUACCAUCCAAAAAAAAAAAAAUGUCCAGAGAAUCUGCAGGUAAGCGGCAAGGGCGAAAACUACCAUCGAAAGCCCGUGACGUUCGAUCCCUCAGGCGGCCUUGCAUCAAAAAUCGACAUCAGUGUGGAAAGGAAAUCACCAGGCGGGCUCAGGACCACUUCGCAAAAACCAAUGUAAGUCAAUACAGUUCAGUGUUACAUCCAGAAGUGCAAUUUAAAACUCUACUAUGCAACGAAAAAGCCAUAGAUCAACAAAACUUACAAACGGCGCCGGCUUCUACGGGCCCAAGCUCACCUGAGAUGGGCUGAUGCAAAGCGGUUCUGUGGUCAGACGAGUCCACAUUUCAAACAAUUUUUGGAAAUUGUGGACGUCGUGUCCUCCGGGCCAAAGAGGAGAAGAACCAGACCGGACUUUUAUGGACGUAAAGUUCAAAAGCUGACACUUGUGAUGGUAUGGGGCUCUGUGAAGGCACCAUUACUCCUGAAAGGUACAUAAAGGUUUGGGAGAAACAUGCUGCCAUCCAAGCAACGUCUUUUUCAUGGAGACUCCUGCUUAUUUCAGCAAGACAACACCAAACCGCAUUCUGCAAGUGUUACAAUAGUCCAGCUUUGUGGUAAAAGAAUGAGGGUAACAGACCGACCCGCUUCCAGUCCAGAGAAUGUGUGGCGUCAUAUGAAGCAUAAAAUAAAACAACGGAGACCCCGGACUGUUGAACAGCUGAAGCUGUACAUCAAGCAAAAAAUGGAAUAAAUUCCACCUGAAAAUGUUCAACUAUUGUUGUUCUUAGUUCCUCAACGUUUAUUGAACUCUGUGAAAAGAAAAGGUGAUGGAACACCGUGGUAAACGAGACCCUUUCCCGACCUUUUUGGAACAUGUUGCAUCAAGGUUGAUCAUUAAAUAUCGUCUUUGUAGUCUAUUCAAUUACAAAUAUUGCUUGAACAUGAUUUGCAAUUCAUUGUAUUCUGUUUUUCUGUAUGUUUAAUAGCCAAGCUUCAUUGGAAUCGGGUUUUUAGGAAUAUUAAGAACCAGUCAUUCUAGUUCGUUCGUGAACAAUAUCAAAACAGAAGGGGGAAAAAAAAAAAGAAAUCAAAGAAAAAAAUGGGGCUGACGACAUUCAUUUCCCUGGCGAUCAUGGUUUGAAUACCUCUCAAUGAAUAUUCGUAGCUUCACAUGCUUUAUUUGUGACCGAUUUAAGAAAUAAUAAUAAUAAAUGAGAUGAUUUUUUAUUUUUUUUAUUUCGCACUUCUGGAUGGGAAAUUUUCCUAAUAAGAUAUGGAUCGAUGAUGGUGUAUAAUUGAUUCUCCUUGGAUUCAAAUAUUUUUUUCUAGUUUUGACAAGCAUGAAGAUUUAAUUGAUUUAGUUGACAUGGCUUACAACAACAUAUGUACAUGAAAUUCACGAGAACUGUAUCAAUGCCAAUGAAUGACAUAUUUCCAAAACGAAAGAAAAAAAGAAAGCUAGCAAGCAGUUCGCCCUCCCGUCCAACCUGGCAACCCAAAUUCUGUCGUCAUUUCCGGAGAGGAAGGGGGAGGGGGGGAGCGUUCGCUUGUUUUGUCGGCUCGCGUCUCCCGAUUGCAAAAAUCAUGUUCUCGCGCACCUGCUCGACUUCGCCACCCGUUCUUGCGUUCGCGUCAAAUGUUGCCACGGGAGUGACCACUUGGACGGGAACGUCGUGAGUUCGCCAUCAUGCUCACGAUCUCGUAGUCUGCGGGGGGUGGGGGGACGUUUGGACUGACCCGCGGAGGGCGACGGAGCUCUUCAAAAUGGCAACCCCCUACGUUACGGAUGAAUCGGGAAAAUACAUUGCCGCCACGCAGCGACCGGACGGCACGUGGAGGAAGCCGCGGCGGGUGAAGGAAGGCUACGUCCCUCAAGAAGAAGUCCCGGUGUAUGAAAACAAAUACGUGAAGUUCUUCAAGAAGAAACCGGGUCUACCGCCGGGCCUGAGCGCAUCUGACGCCGAGCCCCAGCAGCACCAGCAGCAAAAGAUCCCGGGAUGUCCGGACAGCGACGCCGCCGGACUCUCCAAGUCAGCCAAGCGCAACCUGAAACGGAAAGAAAAGCGAAAACAGCAGCAGCAGCAGCAGCAGCAGCAGCAGGAGGAGGAGGAGGAGGAGCCGGAGGAGAACGACGACGACGCCGCCGCCGCCCCCGACGUGUCGUCGCUCGCUGACGCUGUCGGGAACGUCAACGUCUCGCAGGGCGGCGAGCAGUCGGUCAAGGCCGAGGCGGCGGCGGACGAGUCCUCUGCGGUGGAAAAAGCCAAGAAAAUAAAGAAUAUGAGAAAGAAGCUGCGUCAGGCGGAGGAGCUGCAGCAGAAGGUGGACUCGGGGGAAAUAAAGCAGCCCACGCAGGAUCAGCUCGAAAAGUUGGCCCGGGCGGCUGCUCUGCGAGACCAGUUGGAGCAGCUGGAACGCCGCUCGUGAGAACGGACAGACAAACUCGCCCGGGGCAACCUCUCCGACUCCGGCCUCCGUCUGACGUCGACGCUCGAGUCGUGACUCAUGCCGAGUCACACAACUCGGCGUGGCCCUGAUGUUCAUUUGGAAACCUCCUUAAAAAAAAAACAACAAAAAUUGUCUCUUCCAUUUUAUACCUUUUUAAAAAAGUGAAAUUUGUUGACGCGUGUGCUUUUUGAAUAAUCCCAGCCAAGGCACCAUAUCUUUCUUAAAAGUACAUCCAACCCAAGAUUUUCGGGGAGGCUCGUAAGCGGCGUUUUGGAGUCGCCUCGCCCGACUUGCGAGUUUUUCCAACAACUCGUCUCGCUUCGCAGCAAGCGGCACUCUGGCAGAUGAUGUGAUGGUUACCGUCCAUCCAUCCAUCCAUUUUUCUGCCGCUUAUCCUCACGAGGGUCGCGGUUAGUGCUGCAACCUAUCCCAGUUGCCCACGGGCAGGAGGCAGUUUACACCCUGAACUGGUCGCCAGCCAAUUGUAGGGCAGGCAGAGACAGACAACAAUCACAAUCACACCUUGGGACAAUUUAGGGUGUUCAAUUAAUGUUGCGUGUUUUUGGGAUGUGGGAGGAAACCCACACAGGUGGGGCCGGGAUCGAACCCAGGACCUCAGAACUGUGAGCCCCUUUUAGCAGCCGGUCCGCCGUGUAUUUAAAAAAAAAAAAAAAAAAACGUCCACUUGGCCUGACGCCAGCAAUGCAAAAUGACAUAGAUGUGCAAAGAAACUGACAAGACCGGUAAUAUAGCAAUACUAAAUAAAGAGAUAAAGCAACACGAGCGGGCAUUUCUCCUUCUAUCUGUGCAUGCGUGACUGGAGUUUUGAACAGCGCCAUCUAGGAACUGUAUGUCUAUAAUACUGCCCCCAGGUGGCCAAGGCGCGCACACCAGAACAAGUGGCACAAUUUGCGUCGCCUUGAAUGGCUAAAAAACGUUUUCAUUCUCUAAAUUAUUUUUCUUUUCCUUUCAGCUUGUCCCAUUAGGGGUCGCCACAGCGUGUCAUUUUAGAUGAAUGCAUAUUUGUAAUUAUGUCAUUACUGUGUUUGUUUUUUACAAUGUUAUAAACUUCUAUCUUACUAA